AUGGCGUCCGGCAUGCCCCCAGGAAGACCGGGAAAUCUUACCCCAGACCAGGAAGAGAAGUUGCGCAAGCUGUGGAACCUGAUUCUGUCCUUGGGCGAAGACAAUGCAACAGCAGACGGCGCGGCCGCAAGCACAGCCCCGAGUGAGACUUCGACACCAGGCAAAAAUGAGAAGCCCAAGAAGAAACGCGUCUCACUUUUCAAUCGCAAAGACAAGAAAGAGGAAGGUGCUUCCUCAAGCACCGUCAGCAGCCACAUCAAGGACGAUGGAGAAGACAAGUAUGGUCAGACGAAGCAAUUCCUCGAGGCCCUGGCCAGUCAGAGUCCCGAGGCCCUGCGUGCCACAAUAUGGUCCAUGGUCAAGCAUGACCACCCAGAUGCCCUGGCUCUGCGCUUUCUGAGGGCGCGGAAGUGGGAUGUUGAUAAGGCCUUCGUGAUGAUGAUCUCGACCAUGAAUUGGAGAUUGACUGAGAUGAAGGUUGACGAGGAGAUCAUGAAAAACGGCGAGGCGGGUGCACUCGAAGCUUCCAAGAGUGCGGACGCAAACACCAAGAAGCUUGGCCAGGACUUCAUGGCCCAGGCCCGAUCCGGAAAGACAUUUAUCCAUGGCAUUGACAAAGCGGGACGACCAAUUUGCAUGGUGAGAGUCCGUAUGCACCGACAAGGCGAGCAGUGCGAGGAGAGUCUUGAGAAGUACACAGUUUUCUUGAUCGAGACCUGUCGCAUGGUUUUGGCCCCCCCUAUUGACACUGCGACAAUUGUUUUUGACAUGACUGGUUUCUCUAUGGCCAAUAUGGAUUAUACACCAGUCAAAUUCAUGAUCAAGUGCUUCGAGGCAAAUUACCCUGAAUCCCUAGGAGCUGUCCUAGUGCAUAAAGCACCCUGGGUAUUCCAAGGUAUCUGGAAGAUCAUCAAGGGCUGGCUAGAUCCUGUUGUAGCCAGCAAGGUUCACUUUACCAAUAACGUCAAAGAAAUGGAAGAAUUCAUUCCCACGAGCCACAUCCUCAAGGAACUCGACGGCCAGGAGGACUGGGACUACAAGUAUGUCGAGCCGGUCGCUGGAGAGAACGAUAAGAUGAAGGACGCCGCCGCGCGGGAUGCUCUCCUCGCCGGGAGAGAAGAGCUCAUUUCUCAAUAUGAGGAAGCCACACUGCAAUGGAUCAAGGAGGCAGGAACUGACAAGGAGGCUGGUAUCAAGGCGCAAAGGGACGAGCUUGCUCACAAGCUCAGGGACGAUUACUGGAAGUUGGAUCCUUACCUGCGCGCCAAGUGUGUUCUGGACCGAACCGGCGUCAUCCGCGAUGGUGGAAACGUCGAAUUUUAUCCGAAGACUGCACCCGCCGUACCGACUAAUGGUGCUACCAAUGUCGAGACAUCAGCAGACGAUGUAGAUUAG